ACCUGUCAAAAUCGCGUAGACGAUCUUGCUGGUUGAUUCUACAAUUUUCUUUCAUUCGCAGAACCUAGCGGGUGCAACACACACACUGAUUUAGACAAUGAAAACGACUCAAAUUGCCCAGUACGCCCUUCGACUCACCUAUUCGCAGCCAGCGAACCGUGAGAAGAUGAUGUCUAGAUCCGCGCUCGCCCUAGCUGCCAUCGGACUCGGUCUGUCCACCUUCAGCGUACGCCAGAUGGUUCUGAACCAGACCAGACGAUUCUAAACAAUGCCAACAUGCAAAAACAAAACGCCAAAAGGUUAACAAUAUUCACUAUGGCAACACUGUGAGCGUUCGCGCGCUCCAUAGUAUUAUUACUCGCCUAUCUUUUUAAAAAUGGCUGCGUGAUGCUAACCUUUUUAUUUAAGUCGAAUGUUUGUUUGAAAAAAAAAUGUAAAUGGAAUGAUUAUGGAUAAAAAUCGUAAUUUAUUUUUUUAAUUGUUCUUUGUGCAAUGGAAUGUCUGCUCAGCCGUUAGGUAAUUUUGAAUUAAAUGUAGGAUGGAAUUGUUUACGAUGGCGCGGCCGCGUGGUCUAACUUUUUAAUAGUUUUUUUUUUAUAUUUCUUUUAUGCAGAGAUUAUUUUUGAGAUAUUUUUAAACCUUAAUGACCACACCCUAGAAUGAAAAUUUCUCAAAAUGACGACUAAUGCAAUUUCCAGUGGUAAUUUUGAGAAAUGUCUGAAAUGAUCGAAUGUAGAUAAAGCAGUCGGACCUUGAGGUUAUCUUUAUGUGGUGUAGUGGAUGUCCCACCGAUUUGCUAAUAGAUAGAUAUUAGGGCACCAGAACAUAAAGUACCUUUAGGAAAAGUAGACCAUGUUGAUUCUAGGUCUGCUAAGAAAAUAUCGGAAUAUCGAUAUUUAAGCAGUAUUCUUGGAUGUGGCCGUUUAAGUACGUUUGUCUCAAAAUUUGCCCCAAUUUAUUUAAUUUUCGGACGUAAAAUGCCAUUUUACAAGUAUUGUCAACACACAUAAACAUAUAUUUUUCUACGAG